ACGCGCGCGAGAGAAGAGAGUAUUCUCGCGAGAAGUCCAGGGGUGGCCGUGAUGGCGGCGGCAGGAGCAGGACCUGGCCAGGAAGCGGGUGCCGGGCCUGGCCCAGGAGCGGCCGCAAAUGCAACAGGGGCAGAAGACGGGGAGAUGAAGCCGGUGGCAGCGGGAGCAGCGGCUCCUCCUGGAGAGGGGACCUCUGCUGCUCCGACAGCUGAGCCCAGUUCCGGGGAGGCUGAAGGCGGGGAGGCAAACUUGGUCGAUGUAAGCGGUGGCUUGGAGACAGAAUCAUCUAAUGGAAAAGAUACACUAGAAGGUGCUGGGGAUACGUCAGAGGUGAUGGAUACUCAGGCGGGCUCCGUGGAUGAAGAAAAUGGCCGACAGUUGGGUGAGGUAGAGCUACAAUGUGGGAUUUGUACAAAAUGGUUCACGGCUGACACAUUUGGCAUAGAUACCUCAUCCUGUCUACCUUUCAUGACCAACUACAGUUUUCAUUGCAAUGUCUGCCAUCACAGUGGGAAUACCUAUUUCCUCCGGAAGCAAGCAAACUUGAAGGAAAUGUGCCUUAGUGCUUUGGCCAACCUGACAUGGCAGUCCCGAACACAGGAUGAACAUCCAAAGACAAUGUUCUCCAAAGAUAAGGAUAUUAUACCAUUUAUUGAUAAAUACUGGGAGUGCAUGACAACCAGACAGAGACCUGGGAAAAUGACUUGGCCAAAUAACAUUGUUAAAACAAUGAGUAAAGAAAGAGAUGUAUUCUUGGUAAAGGAACACCCAGAUCCAGGGAGUAAAGACCCAGAAGAAGAUUACCCCAAAUUUGGACUUUUGGAUCAGGACCUUAGUAACAUUGGUCCUGCUUAUGACAACCAAAAACAGAGCAGUGCUGUGUCUACUAGUGGGAAUUUAAAUGGUGGAGCCACUUUUGGAGGGGGAAUUGCAGCAGGAAGCAGUGGAAAAGGACGAGGAGCCAAGCGCAAACAGCAGGAUGGAGGGACCACAGGGACCACCAAGAAGGCCCGGAGUGACCCUUUGUUUUCUGCUCAGCGCCUUCCCCCUCAUGGCUACCCCUUGGAACACCCGUUUAACAAAGAUGGCUAUCGGUAUAUUCUAGCUGAGCCUGAUCCCCACGCCCCUGACCCCGAGAAGCUGGAACUUGACUGCUGGGCAGGAAAACCUAUUCCUGGAGACCUCUACAGAGCCUGCUUGUAUGAACGGGUUUUGUUAGCCCUACAUGAUCGAGCUCCCCAGUUAAAGAUCUCAGAUGACCGGCUGACUGUGGUUGGAGAGAAGGGCUACUCUAUGGUGAGGGCCUCUCACGGAGUACGGAAAGGUGCCUGGUAUUUUGAAAUCACCGUGGAUGAGAUGCCACCAGAUACCGCUGCCAGACUGGGUUGGUCCCAGCCCCUGGGUAACCUUCAAGCUCCUUUAGGUUAUGAUAAAUUUAGCUAUUCUUGGCGGAGCAAAAAGGGAACCAAGUUCCACCAGUCCAUUGGCAAACACUACUCUUCUGGCUAUGGACAGGGAGACGUCCUGGGAUUUUAUAUUAAUCUCCCUGAAGACACAGAGACAGCCAAGUCAUUGCCAGAUACAUACAAAGAUAAGGCUUUGAUAAAAUUCAAGAGUUAUUUGUAUUUUGAGGAAAAAGACUUUGUGGAUAAAGCAGAGAAGAGCCUGAAGCAGACUCCCCAUAGUGAGAUAAUAUUUUAUAAAAAUGGUGUCAAUCAAGGUGUGGCUUACAAAGAUAUUUUUGAGGGGGUUUACUUUCCAGCCAUCUCACUGUACAAGAGCUGCACGGUUUCCAUUAACUUUGGACCAUGCUUCAAGUAUCCUCCGAAGGAUCUCACUUACCGCCCUAUGAGUGACAUGGGCUGGGGUGCCGUGGUAGAGCACACCCUGGCUGACGUCUUGUAUCAUGUGGAGACAGAAGUGGAUGGGAGGCGCAGUCCCCCGUGGGAACCCUGACCAGGUCCCUCUUUUCUGUCAAGGACUUUCUGGGAAUAAUACUGGGGGUUUUGUUUUUGUUUUUGAACUGUCUCAAAUGUUCUCCCAAAGAUGCUAAAAACACAGCCUCUCCUUUUAGCAAGUUAAAAGUCUGGGUAGGACUGUGGGAGACUGCCUGCCUUUCACUAUUUUCUCCCCACUUCCAGUGACUGCUCUUAUUUUGUGUACCAUAAGCCAACAACCGCUGACUCCAGGAUUGCAUAAGCCCCCUGUGAAAUCGGUGCUGUACUGCAUACCCUGCCAGCUGUGACUUGUUAUCCUACUAUAUUUUCUAAGGAGUGAAUAAUAUUAUCUGAGUAACUAACUUAUUUAAAAGACAUUUCCUUCUGUGGGCAUUGACUCCAUCCCACUUGUUUUCCAAGGAAAUGGUAGCCUGUUUCUGAGAACACCUGAAAUCAAUGGCUAUACAUUCCAAACCAAUCUAAACGCUAUUUCCUUUUGGUGUGGGUUUGGUUUUGUUCAUUUUGAAAUACACUUUUGAACACUGAGAUUCCUAAAACUACUAGAUCUCUAGAAGUGUAAUUGUGAAAGAAACUUGCUUGCAGCUUUAACAAAAUGAGAAACUUCCCAAAUAAAACUUGUUUUGAAGUUU